CUUCAACUAUCGUCUUGUGUGACUGCGCCCAGGCAGAACUUUUCAGAUUAUCAUAUCGCCCAAUAUACUGAUACCAUGGCAACCCAGGUUUCCAAUGUCGGUUUGGCUCAAAAUGCUGCAAAAGCUAGUAACACCUUUGCAUCUAACCUCUUCCGAGUGUUGACUGAGGGAGGAAGCUCCAACAACAACAUCUUCUUUUCUCCUAUGAGCAUCUCCACUGCACUUGCUAUGACCUUCAUGGGGGUACGUGGUGAGACAGCAAGCCAGAUGAGUCAAGUCCUUCACUUCAACAUCUUAGAAGAAUCUGUUCUCCAUCAGUCAUUUGCUGACCUGAGUGCCCAGAGUUACUAUGCUGAUGCUCCUUUCACUCUGAUAGCUGCCAACAGAUUGUUUGGUCAAAAAGGUUUGGAUGUCCUUGCGACAUUUGUUGAUGACAGCAAGAAACACUACGGAGCCAGUAUGGAGACACUUGAUUUCAUUGGUGAUGGGGAAGGUUCUCGUCAACACAUCAACUCCUGGGUGGAGAAGCAAACUGCAAACCGCAUCAAAGACUUACUUGCUGCGGGGUCUAUCGACGAUUUGACUUGCUUGGUGCUGGUCAAUGCCAUCUACUUCAAAGGAGCCUGGGGUACCAAGUUUAAGGUCUCCAAUACUUUUUCUGAGAAGUUUCACAUUUCGGUAACCGAGGAUAUCAACGUUCCCAUGAUGCACCAGACAGACAAGUUCAACUACGCUCGUGACGAUUCCGUGAGCAGUUCCAUCCUGGAGCUACCUUACCUCAAGAAGGAAAUGAGCAUGUUCAUUGUGUUACCUGAUCAAUUGGAUGGGCUGGCUGAUGUGCAGAAGAAGUUGAGUCAAGAGAAGAUUGACUCCUGGGUGACAGAAGCUCAUAUGCGUGAACGUUCUACUGUCAUCGUUUCUCUGCCAAAGUUCACCCUGGAGCAGGACUUUGUCUUGAAUGAUGUCUUGAGGAAGAUGGGUAUGAAUGAUCCAUUUGAUGCUGACAAGGCUGACUUCUCAGGGAUGACAGGAGACAAAGAUGUCUUCAUAUCCAAAGUGAUCCACAAGGCUUUCUUAGAUGUGAAUGAAGAAGGAAGUGAAGCAGCAGCAAUAACUACAUUUAAAAUGAACUGGCGUUGCCUAGAUCUUCCAUCGAAGAAUCCUCCAGAAUUCAAGGCAGAUCACCCUUUCUUGGUGUUCAUUUAUGACAUUAAAUCCAAAGCAGUUUUGUUCAUGGGACAGCUGUGCAAACCAAAACAGUAGACUUUGAUUUGUGGCAAAGUAUGAAGAAUUGUGAAUGAGUAUAGAUGAUGUCUUGAAUCACUUGACAUCGUUCAACUAAACAGCACUUGAUGUUUAAUACACAGGCAUAUAAUAGUCUUUUGAUUAAGCACUCUAUAAUAAGGAAAAGUUUCCUUACAACUUGUACCCUAAAAUCAGUAUGUAUAACGUAAUAUAAAGUUGGAUUAAGCGCAUGUUCCUUAACUAUGAUAGAUGGCAUAUAAUAUAAAACAUUGUUACUUUUGGUUUGGUUUUUGUUGUUGACAAGUUACUUGUAGGAACUUCAGAUUUAAUGUGUUCAUAUUGAAUUGAUAAAACAAAAGUGUGUUUUGUUGCUUGGAGUGGACAGUGAAACAAAAAGUGUAUCAUAGAAGCUUGUAAUGAAUAUAACAUUUAUAUAAUUAUUUAGAUAUUCUUUUAAAGAUUAAUAUAUGUUUGUAAUCAAGACAUAUUUCAAACGAGACUGGCAUAUUAAUGUAUUUGCAACAGGCUUUCAUUUCAGCGUGGCACAUGUUAAGAUGUAAAAGAGAGUUACAAUGUAAAUACAGAAAGGUGGAUACAUUCACGAAUACUUUGAAAUAAAAAACAAAAUCUGAAACCAUGGCAAAUUUAACACACAACUUAUUGGUUUCCUCAAACAUUGUAAAAAACCAAGAAUUAAUGUGUGUUCACUGCACAGGGCAAAACGUACAACCUCUAACAUGUUUUUAAACAGAUCCACAAAGUAACUAGAUAUCAGAAUCAUUACGGAAUUUCAGGCAAACCUUGCACCGAAAAAAAAUCACACUGGAUUCAAGCACCGAUAAAGUGCAUUGUUACAUUUACAAAGCAAUGUGUGUUAAGUCGCCUGAAAAGCUUUUAGAAAAAAUAAUAUGUGUGUAAGUGAAAUAU